AUGAAUAUUCACCUGCACCCCCAGGACAACCGACCCUUAAGACAAUCCCCCUCAGGACACCGGCCCUCCCACGGACACCCCCCUAGACAAUCCUCCUCGGACACGCCCCCCAGGAACACCCCGCUAGACAAAACUUUUCUCCGGCACACGCGGGCCACGCAGGAACACCCCCCUAAGACAAACCCCUCCGGACACGCCCCCCAAGGACAACCCCCUAGACAAACCCCCUCCGGCACCACGCCCCAGGACACCCCCCUAGACAAAGCCCCACCAUCCCCCUCGCGACACGCCCCCAGGGACAUCCCCAUCAAUAGACAAACCUUUACACACUCCGAGAGCACGCCACCUCUAGGACACUCCCCUUACCGACAAGCCGCCCUCCGGACACGCACCCAGGACACCUCCAGACAUCCCACCGGACGCGGGACACGUCUGCCCCUAGGACAUUGGCCCGCUAGCACAAUCCCUCCGGAGCGCCCCCAAAGGCUGUUUCAGGGGAACAACCGCCACCUGACUAAACUCCUCCGUGACUAA